GCCUGUGAGUCGGACAUGUGUCAUUGUACCAACAUCACCAGAUCUUUCUGUAUCUGCGGCACCAUCUCAGAAUACUCACGACAGUGUGUUCAUGCCGGAGGAAAACCUGACGCCUGGAGGAGCGAACAGUUCUGCGGUAAAUCAUGUCCUCAUCACAGUAUGGUGCAUCAGGAAUGUGGGAAUCCUUGUAUCAACACGUGUUCAAACCCCGACAGAGCUCACAUCUGUGAAGAUCACUGUAUCGAUGGCUGUUUCUGUCCUGAAGGAUUUGUGUUUGAUGACAUCACUGACAGAGGUUGUAUCACUAAGGAUCAGUGUUCCUGCGUUCACAAUGGACAAAUAUACAAACCCGGACAGACGUACAAAAGCAACUGUAAAGAAUGCACUUGUUUGAAUGAUCAGUGGAGUUGUGUUGAGAAAGAUUGCCCGGGAAUUUGCUCGGUGGAGGGCGGCUCACAUAUAACCACCUAUGAUGGCAAGACGUACGACUUUCACGGAGACUGUACUUACGUUCUUACCAAGGUUUGUCAGCAAAAAGAUUUUGCAGUUUUGGGAGAUCUGAUGAAAUGUGGCCUGACCGACACUGAGACGUGUUUGAAGACUGUAACUCUGUAUGUGUCCGAGGGGAACGCAGUGUUCAGCAUUCAGUCUGAUGGGAAGCUCUUUGUUAACAGAAUAUUGUCACAGCUUCCGCUCUCAACAGCCGACGUGAUGAUUUUCAAGCCCACAACGUUCUUUAUCAUCGUCCAAACAUCUUUUGGCCUUCAGCUGGAGAUCCAACUGGUUCCCAUAAUGCAGGUUUACAUCAAAGCCGAUGUGAGACACAAGCAGACAACUAACGGUCUGUGUGGAAACUUCAACAGCAUUCAGGCGGAUGACUUCACCACGGUCAGUGGAUCUCUGGAAGGAACGGCCGCAGGUUUCGCCAACGGCUGGAAAAUAAGAGCAAACUGCCCCGAUGUUCAGAGUUUCUUUGAGGAUCCUUGCAGUCUCAGCCUGGAUAACGAGAGAUACGCUCAGAAAUGGUGUUCUCUGCUGUCAGACCCCAAUGGGGUUUUCGCUCCGUGCCACAAAGACAUCAGUCCCGACAUCUAUCAGAAGACCUGCGUUUAUGACACAUGUAACUGUGAGAAAAGUGAGGACUGCAUGUGUGCAGCUUUGUCUUCCUAUGUACAUGCCUGUGCGGCUAAAGGAAUCGCCCUACCCAACUGGAGAAACACUACAUGUGGGUCGUUUUCGUCCAGCUGUCCCAGCACCAUGGUUUAUUCCAACAGAGUUGAGAACAACAGUCGCUCCUGUCGGUGUCACAGUGAACCAGACUUCACCUGCACAGCUACAUUUGAGCCAGUGGACGGAUGCGUCUGUCCUGAAGGGACGUAUCAGGAUGACAAUGGAAAAUGUGUUCCUCCAGACAGAUGCUCAUGCUACGUCAAAGGUGCCGUGAUCCCGCCGGGAGAAGUCACCAAUAAAGAUGGAACCAUGUGCACUUGCAGAGGAGGAAGACUCAACUGCAUUGGACAGAGAAUUCGAAAGCCAUCUUGCCCCAAACCGAUGAAGUUCAUAAACUGCACGAGUGCUGCUCCUGGAUUUACGGGCUCUGAAUGUCAGAAAAGCUGUAACACUGUUGAGAUGGCCUGUAUCAGCACCGAGUGUGUCUCAGGCUGUAUGUGCCCGCCCGGGCUGGUGUUGGAUGGAAAAGGUGGAUGCAUCAAUGAAAAUCUUUGUCCGUGCAUUCACAACGGCGUGGCACACAAACCUGGAGAAACCAUCAACGUGGACUGCAAUACCUGCACAUGUAAUGGUAGAAAAUGGAAAUGUACAACAAACCUGUGUCAUGGCACCUGCACAGUUUAUGGUGAUGGCCAUUACAUUACAUUUGAUGGGAAAAGAUACACUUUUGAUGGAGACUGUGAAUACACGCUGAUAAGAGAUGAUUGUGGUUUAUCAAAUGCCAGCGGAACUUUCAGGGUUCUCACCGAGAACGUACCUUGUGGAACGACAGGCACCACCUGCUCGAAAGCGGUCAAGAUCUUCCUCGGGAACAAGGAGCUCAAACUGACAGAUGGAGGUUAUGAAGUUUUCCAGAGGGAUGUGGGGGAUGAUAUUCCAUAUCAAAUUCGGAUCAUGGGAAUUUACAUGGUCAUUGAGGCGAAUAAUGGCCUGAUUGUCAUAUGGGACCGCAAGACAAGCAUGUUCAUCAAACUUAGUCCAGAAUAUAAGGGUGCCGUUUGUGGUCUCUGCGGAAACUACGAUGGCAACACAAACAACGACUUCAUGUUGAGGAGUCAAGAGGUGGUGGUCAAACCUUUGGACUUUGGAAACAGUUGGAAGGAGUCCGCCAGCUGUCCGGACGCUGUUGAAAUUAAAAGUCCCUGCACAAAUAACCCCUACAGACAAUCCUGGGCUCAGAAACAGUGCAGCAUCAUCACCAGCGAAACUUUCAGGACGUGCCAUUCCCAAGUGGAUCCGUCUUCAUUCUACGACGCUUGUGUGAGGGACUCUUGUGCAUGUGACAGCGGUGGAGAUUGUGAAUGUUUCUGUACGACUGUAGCCGCUUAUGCUCAAGCCUGUAAUGAAGCCGGAGCCUGCGUCGCCUGGAGAAGUCCACAAAUUUGUCCGUUGUUCUGUGAUUAUUACAACCCACCUGGUGAAUGCGAGUGGCACUACAAAGCUUGCGGUGCGACAUGUAUGCAGACCUGCAGAAACCCGUCUGGAAAUUGCUCAGGUCAAAUUCCAGCGCUUGAAGGCUGUUACCCCAAAUGUCCCCCUGGACAGUCUUACUUCGAUGAGGACACAAUGAAAUGUGUGGAGAAAGAGCAGUGUGGCUGCUAUGACCAGCAGGGGAAUCACUACGACAAUCACGAAAGAGUUCCUUCAACAGACAACUGUCAAAUAUGCAUGUGCAAUUCCAUGGAAAUCAACUGCGAAUAUAAUGUCACUGCUUGCACCUGCACGUUUAAAGGGAACAAAUAUCAGUAUGGAGAAACUAUAUACAACACUACAGAUGGGCUUGGCCACUGCAUGACUGCCGUCUGUGAAAAAGAUGGAGAAAUUAAAAAGGAUGUAUAUCCAUGUCCAGCGACGCAUUUGACAACCCAUGCUCCAACUACUGCCUUCAACUUCUCAAGAAAUUGGAAACUGUCCCACCACGACAACACCACCACAGCCAUCAACCACCACAACUCCUUCAACAACCACAAUAUCUACUACAACUCCGUCCACAAAUGCACCAGAUACAACUCCUUCAACAACCCCAUCAACUACAACACCUACUACAAUACCUUCAACGCCUCCAACAACCACGACAUCUACAACAUCUCCUUCAACAAAUCAACCAACUACACAUCCUUCAAUAACUCCAUCUACUACAACAUCUACUACAUCUCCUUCAACAACACCUACUACAACACCUACCACAACACCUUCAACAUAUUCUCCAGCUACCACUAUUGGUCAGAUUGGUUUGACUUUGGCGUCCCAACAACGGGAUCUGAUGGUGGUGAACUUGGUCAGGUGGUGAAGUGUAAUGUAAAAGAUGGACUGGUUUGCUUGAAUAAAGACCAAGGCUUAGCAGAGCAGUGUUUUGACUAUGAGAUCAGAGUAUCCUGUUGUGAGGAAAUUGGAAACUGUCCCACCACGACAACACCACCACAGCCAUCAACCACCACAACUCCUUCAACAACCACAAUAUCUACUACAACUCCGUCCACAAAUGCACCAGAUACAACUCCUUCAACAACCCCAUCAACUACAACACCUACUACAAUACCUUCAACGCCUCCAACAACCACAACAUCUACUACAUCUCCUUCAACAAAUCCACCAACUACACAUCCUUCAACAACUCCAUCUACUACAACAUCUACUACAACUCCUUCAACAAAUACUCCAACUACAACACCUACUAAUACACCUACCACAACACCUUCUCCAACUUCCACUAGUUGUAUUUGGACUUGCAGUUGGUCAGAUUGGUUUGACUUUGGCGGCCCAACAACGGGAUCUGAUGGUGGUGAACUUGGUCAGGUGGUGAAGUGUAAUGUAAAAGAUGGACUGGUUUGCUUGAAUAAAGACCAAGGCUUAGCAGAGCAGUGUUUUGACUAUGAGAUCAGACUUGGUCAGGUGGUGAAGUGUAAUGUAAAAGAUGGACUGGUUUGCUUGAAUAAAGACCAAGGCUUAGCAGAGCAGUGUUUUGACUAUGAGAUCAGAGUAUCCUGUUGUGAGGAAAUUGGAAACUGUCCCACCACGACAACACCACCACAGCCAUCAACCACCACAACGCCUCCAACAACCACAACAUCUACUACAACUCCGUCCACAAAUCCACCAGAUACAACUCCUUCAACAACUCCAUCAACUACAACACCUACUACAAUACCUUCAACGCCUCCAACAACCACAACAUCUACAACAUCUCCUUCAACAAAUCCACCAACUACACAUCCUUCAACAACUCCAUCAACUACAACAUCUACUACAACUCCUUCAACAAAUACUCCAACUACAACACCUACUAAUACACCUACCACAACACCUUCUCCAACUUCCACUAGUUGUAUUUGGACUUGCAGUUGGUCAGAUUGGUUUGACUUUGGCGGCCCAACAACGGGAUCUGAUGGUGGAAAUUGGAAACUGUCCCACCACGACAACACCACCACAGCCAUCAACCACCACAACUCCUUCAACAACCACAAUAUCUACUACAACUCCGUCCACAAAUGCACCAGAUACAACUCCUUCAACAACCCCAUCAACUACAACACCUACUACAAUACCUUCAACGCCUCCAACAACCACAACAUCUACUACAUCUCCUUCAACAAAUCCACCAACUACACAUCCUUCAACAACUCCCUCAACUACAACACCUACUUCAACACCUACCACAACACCUUCAACAUAUUCUCCAAUCCAGAGCAAGUUGAAUGUCGUGCAAAACUUUUCCCUGGACUCCCUCUUUCACAGCUUGGUCAGGUGGUGAAGUGUAAUGUAAAAGAUGGACUGGUUUGCUUGAAUAAAGACCAAGGCUUAGCAGAGCAGUGUUUUGACUAUGAGAUCAGAGUAUCCUGUUGUGAGGAAAUUGGAAACUGUCCCACCACGACAACACCACCACAGCCAUCAACCACCACAACUCCUUCAACAACCACAAUAUCUACUACAACUCCGUCCACAAAUGCACCAGAUACAACUCCUUCAACAACCCCAUCAACUACAACACCUACUACAAUACCUUCAACGCCUCCAACAACCACGACAUCUACAACAUCUCCUUCAACAAAUCAACCAACUACACAUCCUUCAACAACUCCAUCUACUACAACAUCUACUACAACUCCUUCAACAAAUACUCCAACUACAACACCUAUUAAUACACCUACCACAACACCUUCUCCAACUUCCACUAGUUGCAUUUGGACUUGCAGUUGGUCAGAUUGGUUUGACUUUGGCGGCCCAACAACGGGAUCUGAUGGUGGAAAUUGGAAACUGUCCCACCACGACAACACCACCACAGCCAUCAACCACCACAACUCCUUCAACAACCACAAUAUCUACUACAUCUCCUUCAACAAAUGCACCAGAUACAACUCCUUCAACAACUCCCUCAACUACAACAUCUACUACAACACCUUCAACAUAUUCUCCAACUUCCACUGCUUGUAUUUGGACUUGCAGUUGCUUGGUCAGGUGGUGAAGUGUAAUGUAAAAGAUGGACUGGUUUGCUUGAAUAAAGACCAAGGCUUAGCAGAGCAGUGUUUUGACUAUGAGAUCAGACUUGGUCAGGUGGUGAAGUGUAAUGUAAAAGAUGGACUGGUUUGCUUGAAUAAAGACCAAGGCUUAGCAGAGCAGUGUUUUGACUAUGAGAUCAGACUUGGUCAGGUGGUGAAGUGUAAUGUAAAAGAUGGACUGGUUUGCUUGAAUAAAGACCAAGGCUUAGCAGAGCAGUGUUUUGACUAUGAGAUCAGACUUGGAAAUUGGAAACUGUCCCACCACGACAACACCACCACAGCCAUCAACCACCACAACUCCUUCAACAACCACAAUAUCUACUACAUCUCCUUCAACAAAUGCACCAGAUACAACUCCUUCAACAACUCCCUCAACUACAACAUCUACUACAACACCUUCAACAUAUUCUCCAACUUCCACUGCUUGUAUUUGGACUUGCAGUUGCUUGGUCAGGUGGUGAAGUGUAAUGUAAAAGAUGGACUGGUUUGCUUGAAUAAAGACCAAGGCUUAGCAGAGCAGUGUUUUGACUAUGAGAUCAGACUUGGUCAGGUGGUGAAGUGUAAUGUAAAAGAUGGACUGGUUUGCUUGAAUAAAGACCAAGGCUUAGCAGAGCAGUGUUUUGACUAUGAGAUCAGAGUAUCCUGUUGUGAGGAAAUUGGAAACUGUCCCACCACGACAACACCACCACAGCCAUCAACCACCACAACUCCUUCAACAACCACAAUAUCUACUACAACUCCGUCCACAAAUGCACCAGAUACAACUCCUUCAACAACCCCAUCAACUACAACACCUACUACAAUACCUUCAACGCCUCCAACAACCACAACAUCUACUACAUCUCCUUCAACAAAUCCACCAACUACACAUCCUUCAACAACUCCCUCAACUACAACACCUACUACAACACCUACCACAACACCUUCAACAUAUUCUCCAGCUACCACUAGAAAUUGGAAACUGUCCCACCACGACAACACCACCACAGCCAUCAACCACCACAACUCCUUCAACAACCACAAUAUCUACUACAUCUCCUUCAACAAAUCCACCAGAUACAACUCCUUCAACAACUCCAUCAACUACAACAUCUACUACAAUACCUUCAACGCCUCCAACAACCACAACAUCUACUACAUCUCCUUCAACAAAUCCACCAACUACACAUCCUUCAAAAAAUCCAUCAACUACAAUACCUACUACAACACCUUCAACAAAUUCUCCAACUUCCACUGCUUGUAUUUGGACUUGCAGUUGCUUGGUCAGGUGGUGAAGUGUAAUGUAAAAGAUGGACUGGUUUGUCACAACAAGGACCAGGGUGUUACACAACAGUGCUUCGAAUAUGAGAUCAGAGUGUUAUGUUGUAAUGAAUACUGCCCUCCAAUUACAACAGUAACCACAAGAUCGGUCAUUUAUAAUAAAACUGAUGGUGAUGGAUGGUGCUAUACAGCAAAAUGUAUCACAACCGAGGAGGCAAAGUGUGAUGUGGUCGUAACCCAAGGACCCUGUCCAACAACAGUCCCACCUACAACUCUCCCACCUACAACACUCCCACCAACAACUUCAGGCAACUGUGAUUAUCACGUUCCUCCCCUAAUGAAUGGCGAAUCUGUAAAUGUAGGAAAUUGCCUUGUUGACACAUGCCUGGACGGUACAAUAGAGCAUGUGCCGGUACAGUGUGGACCUAUCAAGUUACCCGUGUGUGAGAACCAAUAUCAACCUGUGAAAGUCCCUGACGAGUCUGGAUGCUGUUAUAAAUACGAGUGCCAAUGUGUCUGCAAUGGCUUUGGAGACCCACAUUACAUCACAUUUGAUGGAACGUAUUACCCGUUUCAAGGAAACUGCUCUUACGUCCUUGUCAAAGAAAUUGAUCCUAAGUACAAUUUUAGCGUCAUCAUUGACAACGUUUUGUGUGAUGCUGAAGACAGUGUCUCCUGCCCCAAGUCCCUGACGAUUUACUACAAAUCUUUUGAGAUCCUUAUGUCCCAGGAGCUUUCCAACAGAGUUGUCAACAAUGUGAUUUAUGUGAACCGCAAGAGAUUCAGUCUGCCGUAUCAGAAUGAAGAUUUCCGUGUCACAGAGAACGGGAUCGAGUCUCUCGUGGUCAUACCUGCGAUUAAUGCGCAAAUCUCUUUUACCGGCAUGAUGUUUUCCAUCCACCUCCCGUGGCAGUACUUCCAUGGUAACACAGAGGGCCAGUGUGGGACAUGUGACAAUAACCAAACAGAUGAUUGUCGGUUGCCAAAUGGCACCGUUAUAUCAUCCUGCCCAGAUAUGGCUCCACAUUGGAAUGUCAACAACAGCAACAGUGUUUGUCCGCCACCGAAACCGGAGCCCACACCGAAACCGUGCCAAACUCCCGAAAUCUGCAAAAUCAUCGAGAGCGAGAUCUUCGCCGAAUGCCAUAAGCUUGUCCCUCUCAAGCCGUUUAUGAUAGGGUGCAUCUUUGACGUUUGCCACAUAAACAUAACCAUUGGAUGCGCCAGCCUGCAGGCGUAUGCGGAUGAAUGUGCGCUGGCAGGAGUAUGUGUGGACUGGAGAAGUGCUACAGAUGGAGUCUGUGAUAUCGAAUGCAAAGCGCCGCAUGUGUAUGAAGCGUGUGGACCUCAGGUGGAGCCCACCUGUGAUGAGAGAUUCAACAUGAAAUAUAUAUAUACGUUAGACGCUUUCCGCACUUUGGAAUCCAUGACAUGGGAAGGUUGUUUCUGUCCGAACGGCACUACACGUCUGAGUUCAAAUUCGGAUAUCUGCGUUCCCACCUGCGAUAUUUGUUCGAUACCAAAUGGAGGAUGGAAGAAGGUCAAUGACACGUGGAUCAUGGGCUGUGAGAUAUGCACUUGUAUGGAAGACUUGAGUAUUGGCUGUGAAGCUAAUCCAUGUCCAACAGAAAUACCAAGAGACUGUGUCGAGCUCGGUCAGUUUGAAGUUACAAUAACAGAGAACUGCUGCCCAAAAACCCGUUGUGAAUGUGAUUCCAGUCUUUGUCACAGUAAGAACUUCACGUGUCCUGUUGGACACAUUGCGGAGAUAACAAUGGGAGUCUGCUGUCCGAUCUAUGACUGUUUGCCGAAACCCGUCUGUGUGUUCAACAACACUGAAUAUAUGCCCGGAUCGGUUGUGCCUGUUAACCCGUGUGAGAAUUGUGUGUGUGGUGAUAACGUGGAUCCCAAGACUCAACUAAAUGAAAUUGAAUGUCAGCCGGUUAAAUGUGACUCAUUCUGUCCACUGGGAUACUCGUAUCAGCAGAUGGCUGGUCAGUGCUGUGGGCAGUGUGUACAGACGAGCUGUAUCGUUGUAUAUCAAUCAAACAUCACCCACACAAUCAACCCUGGUGAAAUUUGGUCGCCCCCUGGUGAUAACUGUAUGAAGUUUGAGUGUGUGAAAAUUGGAAAGCAGUUCAUUACGAUAGAGGAAAAGAUAAUGUGUCCAUCCUUCAAUCCCGCCGAAUGUGUUCCUGGAACGCAGGUCACCGCUCCUGAUGGAUGUUGUCUUGCAUGCGUGGUCCUGCCAAAGCAAUGCAAUGUCACCAGUAGAUCGACAUACCUGGAGAGCAACGGCUGUAAGACAUUAACACCAGUAGAGAUGGGCACGUGUGAAGGAUCCUGUGGCACAUAUUCCAUGUACUCCAGCAAAUACAACGCGGUGCAACAUUCUUGUUCUUGUUGUCGGGAAAUGGCCACAUCAGAGCGGCAAGCAGAGCUGGUCUGUUCAAAUGGAUCUAAAGUCAUACACACAUACGUGUACAUCGAGAAGUGUGGCUGUGUGGAGACGGAUUGUGUCGAUCAAAAGCUCUCUGCCAAAAAACAGCGACAGAAACGCUGA